UUCUAUUCCCAUGGUGACCGACGGCGGCGAGAAGGACAGCGGGCAUGCGGCGGAGUGGCGGUUCGCGCAGGCGGCGGCGGCGGCCAAGGAUGAGGGCGCGCUGGCCGUGGCCGACGAUAAGAUGAGCAUCCUGGCGGUGCGGUUCAAGAUCAACGCGAGCGUGGAUGCGCAUGACCCGCGGCCCGUGCUGCCGCUGGCGCACGGGGACCCCUCGGUGUUCCCGGCCUUCCGCAUUGCAGCUGAGGCCAAGGACGCCAUGGCUACCGCAAUCUGGACCGGCAAGUACAACUACUACCCCACCGGCGUGGGCCUCCCCGACGCCCGCUGGUACGUACGCACGGUUUGGUUACUUGAGGAUUUGUUUAUCGUGCCAUGUCAGACUUGGAGGAGCACCACUUCGAAUCGAAGGCCGACGCUGGUGCGUCCAAGACCUACCCGCAGCAGCCUGGCACCGUCCGCAAGCACGGGUUCUGAUGUGUGCUGUGAACUCAUUUCUGUAGGCCAUCGAUUAGUAUCGAUCCAUCAGAUGCCUGCUGUAGACCAUCUCCCCUGUGCUUGGCUGUUUGUGAUUAUCCGAUUCAACUCAUUUCAGUACUAUUAGGAUGCAUUUCUUUUUUGCUGCAUGUGUUUGAAAAAGGACAAGAAUCGCUAGUUUAAUAUUUUGGAGUAUAAUUGUUAGUCUUGUUUGUUUCAGUUAGCCCAGCUUGUCAAUGGAAUUAGAGGGUGAAAUUGUUGUUAGAAGUUUUGUUCGUGUUUUGGUAAAAGAAAUUCAGUAUGCUUUAACCCAAAGCACAUGGUAUCCUUCCUUUGCAUUUGACAUAAUUUUUGCCUUUCAUAAUAUGGGAAUUGUCCAUCAACUAAUACUUGUCUUCCUGUAGAAAAAAUGCUAGAAACUCAAAAACAACCAUGAGCAAGUUCAAUACCAUCAGAUGACUGGAUCUCGAAGCUAUGUUGCUCAAUGCUAUGUCAUGAAGCAAACUAAAUUGAAGGAUGCAACACCAACUGCAAUUGACAUGUCUUGCUGUUAUGCAAAUUUGAGACAACAGUUUCUUGAAUUGUAAGACUAUUAGAGUAAAAUUAUUGUGAGGUCUUGCUGUGUUUGAGCAGCAGAUUCUUGAAUUGUAAGACUGGUGAUUUGGAGAUAAUAUUAUCUGAUGUAUGGGCUGAUUUCUGUAAUGUAUGGGCUGCAUUAGCCGAAUUCUAUGAUGUAUGGGUUGUGUUGUGAUUUAUAUGGGAUGAGCUGAAUUUUGUGGGCUUACAUACGACAAAAAAAUGAAAAGGGUUAGUGGGCUGAAAAAA